AUGAUGAAAUUCAUCACUGUUACUUUCGUUUUUCUCCUAUUCUUUACCGGCAAAAGUUGUGCUCUUGAUGUGGAUAAUUAUAAAAAUUAUAUUGAGGAACUUAGUCAAGAUGAAAAGUUUCUUGAAGAAUAUGCUGCAUGGUCAUUCAAACUUUUUUCUCAACCAGAUUAUCUUUAUGGUAGCCCACGUGAAAAUUUUCCAUGUCCUAUUACAAAAGACUCUAAUGUUCCAACAUCAGUACAUAGACUUCGGCCAAGUGAUGUUAAAUGUGUUGGUGCCAUAGGCGAUAGUUUAACAGCUGGGCUAGGUGCUCAAGCACUUACUCCAGUUGGUUUAUUACUUGAACAUCGAGGUAUAUCUUGGUCGGUGGGUGGAGAUUUUACGUACUCCAAAGUUCUCUCAGUACCCAAUGUUCUACGACAAUAUAAUCCGGCACUUGGAGGUUUCUCUACAAAAGUAUCAGUUAUAUUUCUUAAUGGUCAAAAUGCUACAAAUAAUCGACUCAAUGUCGCUAAAUCGGGUGAUCGCUCAAACCAUAUGCCUUAUCAAGCUGAAUUACUCAUGAGUCGAAUGAAAAAUGAAAAAUUAUGUGAUUGGAAUAAUGAUUGGAAAGUUAUUACAAUUUUUAUUGGCGGUAAUGAUUUAUGUAGCUUUUGUGAAGAUCCAAAUAUAAGAAAACAUACACCAGAACAAUAUGUAAGUUAUGUACGCGAUACACUUGAUAAAUUAUAUGAAGCACCAUUACCACGUACAUUUAUUAAUCUUGUCCUUGUACUUGAUGUUCGUGGUGUAAAAGAACUUAAUAGUGGUGGUUUUGUUUGUCAAACACUUCAUAAACGGACAUGUCCAUGUGCUGCUUUUCCAACAGCAGAACAAGCUAAAAUCUUAGAUGAUUAUAUACCACAAUAUCAUCAACUACUUAUUGAUUUAGUUAAUUCAGGUCGUUAUGAUAAACGUGAGGAUUUUACUGUUGUUAUUCAACCAUUCAUGGCAAAAACUAAAAUACCAUUAAAAAGUAAUCAAGAAGUCGAUUUCAGUUAUUUUGCGCCAGAUUGUUUCCAUUUUAGCGGCAAAGGUCAUUCACAAGCUGCACUUUCACUUUGGAAUAAUAUGCUUGAACCUGUUGGUGCUAAACAAUGGUUUUGGCAUAUAAAUGAAACAUUAACUUGUCCUACAGAACAAUAUCCAUAUAUAUUUACUAGUAAUAAUUCAGGUGGAGCAUUGGAAGAAUAUCGACGUUCAACAAUGCCUCAAGCAACACAUCGUACCUCAUUCAUGAGUAGUGGUAGCAGUGAUAGUAGUAGCUUGAAACCAACCGAUCGUACAACUAAACAUCAUAAACACCACAAAUCAUCUUCUGAUUCAUCAUUUAGCAAGAUGCAAUUAGUCGUUUUUACUAGUUUCUUUCUUCUAAUAAUGAUACUUUUAAUUGUGGCUAUCACUAAACGACAACAAAUUCGUGUUUUUAUUCAUGGAGCUGGACGACAUCAUAUAAAUGGUUUUAGUGAUCCAAAAUAUCCAGAUGAAAAUGAUGAGGUCGAAGUUUGGAAUCGAUUAAAUUUAAAAUCAAAUUUUUCUAUUAAUAAUGAUAUUCCAAAAACACAUGGUACACGUAUUAACUUUGAAUGA